UGGCCGGCGCGCGGUGCGGUGCCGUGCGGCGCGGCGCGUGCAGUCGCGCGACUGGCGGCGGCCCGUGGGGCGCUGAGGCGAUGCUGAGCCUGACGGAGGUCGGCGGGUCCCUGCUGGAGCGGGUGGCCGUCGGCAGCCCCCUCUCGCUGGUGCUGGCCGCCUCCGCCUUCGCCCUGAGCCUCGGCUACCUGUUCCAGCUGGGUUACCGGCGCCACGUCGGGUCCGACCGAAAGAAAUACCCACCUUAUAUUUCAUCAAGCGUCCCUUUCCUUGGACAUGCAAUCGCGUUUGGAAAAAGUCCAAUUGAGUUUUUGGAAAAUGCUUAUGACAAGUAUGGACCUGUGUUCAGUUUCACUAUGGUUGGCAAGACAUUCACUUACCUACUGGGUAGUGAUGCUGCUGCUCUACUCUUCAACAGUAAAAAUGAAGAUUUGAAUGCAGAAGAUGUAUACUCUCGGUUAACGACACCAGUUUUUGGCAAGGGAGUUGCUUAUGAUGUGCCUAAUAUGGUGUUUUUGGAACAGAAGAAGAUGCUCAAAACUGGGCUAAAUAUUGCCCAGUUUAAACAGCACGUAUCUGUGAUUGAAGGAGAAACAAAGGAAUAUUUCAAAGGGUGGGGAGAGAGUGGAGAGAAAAACCUCUUUGAAGCACUUUCAGAGCUUAUCAUUUUGACAGCGAGUCAUUGCUUACAUGGGAAAGAAAUCAGAAGCUUGCUGAAUGAGAAAGUGGCUCAGCUGUACGCCGAUUUGGAUGGGGGUUUUACUCACGCUGCUUGGCUUCUGCCAGGUUGGCUGCCUCUACCGAGCUUCAGACGUCGAGAUCGAGCACACAAGGAAAUAAAGAAUAUUUUCUACAAGGUUAUUCAGAAACGUCGAAAGUCUGAGGAAAAGGAGGAUGACAUGCUCCAAACUCUACUUGAUGCUUCAUACAAGGAUGGCCGUCCGCUGACUGAUGACGAAAUAGCUGGGAUGCUAAUUGGGUUGCUGCUGGCAGGACAGCACACCUCCUCCACCACCAGCGCCUGGCUGGGCUUCUUCAUCGCCAGAGACAAAUCGAUACAAGAACAGUGCUACGCAGAACAAAAAGCAGUUUGUGGGGAUGACUUGCCACCAUUAACUUACGACCAGCUCAAGGAUCUCAGUUUGCUGGACCGCUGCCUGAAAGAAACUUUAAGGCUUCGACCUCCUAUAAUGACCAUGAUGAGAAUGGCCAAAACUCCCCAAACUGUUGCUGGAUAUAAUAUUCCCCCCGGCCAUCAGGUCUGUGUGUCGCCCACCGUUAACCACAGGCUCAGGGACUCCUGGAAGGAUGCUCUAGAGUUCAAGCCUGACCGGUAUCUCCAAGAUAACCCAGCCGGCGGAGAAAAAUUUGCCUAUGUUCCCUUUGGCGCUGGCCGCCACCGCUGCAUUGGAGAAAACUUUGCUUAUGUUCAGAUUAAGACUAUUUGGUCUACUUUGCUUCGUUUGUAUGAAUUUGAUCUCAUCAAUGACUAUUUUCCAACUAUAAAUUAUACAACAAUGAUACACACACCUAACAACCCCAUUAUCAGAUACAAGAGGAGGUCGCUGUAAAUUCUGGAGCUGAAACCUUACCUGUGUAAGUUGUGUAAACAGACAGUCAAAGUGAGUGAUGGAUGGAAACUCUUGCAUCUCCUGUUAGGAAAGCAACAAUAAUCUACCAACUGCAAAGUCUUUGCAUCUAUUUCUCAUUGCGUUUUUACAGAAAGUGUCUUUUCUAUUGGUGUAACACGUUUAAGGUGCAUGCCAGCUCUUUAAGAUGAAGAAGUCAGUCAUUUCUAGAAAUGCACUCUUUGCUUAUGAAAAAUAACGGAAGAUUACUUUUCCCCAGAUAAGGAGGGGUAAGACCAUGUCCCUUACCUCUGUGUGCAGUUACAGUAAAUCCCUCAGGGAACAGGCACCGAGGGGGAAGGGAGGUGGUGAUGCCCUGCUCCUGAUCGUUGUGGUUCUGCUUGGAGCAAACUAGGCAUGGUCUUGGCUAAUACUUGGCAGUGCCCACAUACCUAUUGAAAGAGGAGUUACUGUACAGCUGAGCAGUGGCAGACUCCAAAAAGUCCCUGGAGGAGUCUUUUCUGAGAACACAUGAUUUAAAUGUCUAACUUGAAGCAGCUGUAGAAUGCUUAGGUUCAGAAAGCAACAAGUAAUUUUCUAAACAUUUCUGAAAGCAGUGAAUCUCUGAAAGCUUGAUAUGUGUGAAAGUAACAAUAUGAUGAUACAAGCAACAUUAAUUUUGUAAAUAACAUGUUUGUGUAUAAAAUGGUCACAAAUGAAGUGAAAUAGCUGAAUGUUGUCCCCUCUUGUACUGAUUCAUGCAAGAUUGUUAACUGGUGUUUGGUUCAGGAGUGGUGAUGAUAAAUGGUAACAAGCUCUUUGAAUUAAAUUUAUAAACAAGCCUCUUGUAGAAGUUUUCUGUGCUCAACCCUGGCAAUUCUGAGAAGCUUUUGUAAGUACAUUUGUAAUAAACUAACUUUUUUCCUGUGA